CAUCUAUGACAUCUGACAUUUCACACAUUUCCCUACGACGAAUGGUGCAAUAAUUUGUGCAAGAAUUUUUCGAAAUUUUCACAAAAAAAAAUUAAACGUUGGUUGGAAUAUUACAAUUUUAUAUCUGUUUCGGAUAUAAUGGGCAAAAAGGGAUUUACUGGUUUCAUCAAAGAUUUCUACUAUGAUCCUUUUAAGUGGUCAUUGGUGAAGAGUGUCGGAUUUUUCUCAAUCGGCGUAUUAAUCGCGAGCGAGUGCGCGGGGCUUGAAGUAAUGCCCGCAGUCCCGCAGUAGUAAACACAAACAUUAAAUAUAAAUUUCACCCACAAACUAAGUUAAUCGAUACUCCAAAACAAUGCUAAAUUAUUUAUUGUUCACCCUUUUGCUAAACCAUGUGGUGUGCCAAGAGAAGAGGCCCAACUUCGUCGUUAUUUUAACAGACGAUCAAGAUGCAGUUUUAGGUGGGAUGGACCCCAUGAAGUGUGUGCGACGCUUCAUCGGUAACGAAGGGACAACGUUUACCAACUCUUACGUGACGUCACCGAUAUGCUGUCCAAGCCGCGCCAGUUUGCUAACCGGUCUGCACGUACACAAUCACAUGACGUGGAAUAACAGCCUACAAGGAGGUUGCUACAGCCGCACUUGGAAGAAGCUCGAAACACGGACCUUUGCCAAUGCGUUGAAGGAGUCCGGGUAUAACACGUUCUACGCGGGGAAAUAUUUAAAUGAAUAUGGUACGCACGGCGCGGGAGGUCCGGAACAAAUCCCACCAGGAUGGACUGAAUGGCAUGGACUGGUCGGCAAUUCUGUCUACUACAACUAUACAAUUUCCAACGACGGAGUACCAACUCACGCCACAGAUUUAUAUCUCACAGAUAUCAUAAGAGACUUAAGCCUGAACUACAUAGAGAACCAAACGGAGCUACAGCCGUUUCUGAUGAUGUUGGCACCGCCCGCUCCGCACCAGCCCUUCACACCAGCGCCAAGGCAUGAGGGGACGUUCAGCAAUGUUACUGCUGUCAGGCAUCCCAACUUCAAUCUGGCUGUAACGGACAAGCAUUGGCUUAUAACAAUGCCACCUUCACCUCUGCCGGACACAUUGAUACCUGAAUUGGAUCGCGUGUACCGUUCCCGCUGGGAGAGUCUGUUAGCCGUCGACGAAAUGGUUGCAGAUGUCGUCGAGGCUCUGGAUUCCAACUCAUUGCUGUCGAACACCUACUUGAUAUAUACGUCUGAUAACGGAUAUCAUAUUGGUCAGUUCUCCCAAGUGUACGACAAGAGACAGCCAUACGAAUCUGAUAUAAAAGUACCACUAAUAAUGCGGGGGCCAACCAUACCAAAGAAUACCACAGACAACCAACCAAUAUUAAACAUUGAUUUAGCGCCAACAAUAAUGGCGCUAGCUGGUUUAAUGCCCCCAGAAAGCAUGGACGGCCGUUCUAUAAAAUUCGCAAUGAAAAAUGAUUUGGAAAGUACACCAAAGAGUUCUCAUCCUGUUGAACGGCUUGAUGGAAAUCUGGAAAUGGAGAGAAAUAUGCUAGUGGAGUAUUAUGGGGAGGGCAGGGAUGGUACGGUUGAUGAAAACUGCCCUUGGAAGUACGAUAGCGAUAAUCUUGCGCAAUGUUAUCCGGAAUACGAGUGCAAAUGUCAAGAUGCAAGGAACAAUACGUUUGCGUGUUUACGGCACAUCGCCAAGCGGAUCAACUUCAAAUAUUGCAGUUUCGCUGAUUCUAAGGAUUUCUCGGAAAUGUACGAUCUAGCAAGCGAUCCGUAUGAGUUAACGAAUAUCAUCAAUCAAGUGCUGCCAUCUGUGAAACACUGGUACAAACUAAUUCUCUCGCAAAUGUUAACGUGCAAAGGUUACCGAAAUUGUGAUAAUCCUUUGGAGAAUCCAAAAGUUUAUGGUUAAUAUAAGAAAAUGUUAUUAGGUCUAAUAGGCACGAGACGAAUUUGUUGUGCGAUAUACGACACGACGAUUUUGUACGACAAACUCGUUUCAUAUAAAGUAGACUACGAUGCUUGUUAAAUUAAUAAUUUUGACGAUAAAGUCAAUUUAACUUUUAGUAAAGAGAAAUUAAUUUAAUGAAAUAAACUUACGUUUGAAAUAAAAUUAAAUUAAAUGUGAUAAAAUAUG